UUUGAUUUCAUGUCUAGAGGGGACAUGGCACAGCUCCAACUUAACGAGGACAUGACCCUAGAUAGGAAGGUUUGGAGUUCAAAAGAUAAGGAUAGAAGGUUAGUAAGUAGUUGAGUGUUAUAGCACUCUAUGUGGAAGUGGUAGGGGCUAUUUCGUAGUUGCGUGGUCUCUUAUUCUGUAAUGUGUAUGAUUAUCUAUUGCUUCAUUUGCUUUGUAUUUUGCUGUCAUAUUUUUGUGAUAGUUUGCUUCAAUGUCUUUUCUUUUGAGCCGAGGGUUAGUGGAAACAGCCUCUCUACCUCACAAAGGUAGAGGUAAGGUAACACAUCCUAACUUCCCUAUUCGGAUUUUGGUUUUUAACCAAGCCAUAUUCCAUAACCUCUUAACGUAUUAUAAUUCAUUUCUUCUCGAUGCUUGGUUUUAAACCGUAUUCCUGUUGUUGCAGCCAUGGCUAUAUCCUGAUAUUGCUUAUUCAGUAUAACAAGGAAAGGAUCAUAAGGUAAAAAGCUGCAAAGAUGGGGGCCAUAUGAAGGUGAACUGCCAAUUGUUCUUUUCUAGAAAUUAAGAGAUAGCUCCAACAUUCUCUCUGUUCCUGAUGUCUGCAGUAGAAUUAAGGUUCGACCACAAUUCUAGAAAUGCAAAAAAAGGGACACAGGAUCUUUUAGGGUAGAAGUUUAGUAAGUAGUUGAGUGUUAUCGCACUCUAUGUGGAAGUGGUAGGGGCUAUUUAGUAGUCGCGUAGUCUCAUAUUCUGUUAUGAGUAUGAUUUAUCUCUUGCUUCAUUUGCUUUGUCUUUUGCUAUUUGCUGUCGUAUUUUUGUGAUACCUUGCUUCGAUGACUUUUCUUUUGAGCUAAGGAUUUAGCGAAAACAACCUCUCUACCUCACAAAGGUAGGGGUAAGGUAACACAUCCUAACCUCCCUAGACCCCACUUGUGGGCAGUUGCAAAAACUUUCAGUUGAUUAGUCAAGCUUCUUCUGAUGCUUAAUUUAGAUUUUGGUUUAUAAGCAAGCCAUUUUCCAUAACCUCUUAAUGUAUUAUAAUUAAUUUCCUCUUGAUUCUUGGUUUUAACCCGUUUUUCUCUUGUUGCUGCCAUGGACCAUGGUUAUAUCCUGCUAUUGUUUAUUUAGGAUUACAAGGAAAGGAUCAUAAGGUAAAAAGCUGCAAAGAUGGGGGCCAUAUGAGGGUGAACUGCCAACUGGUCUUCUCUAGAAAUUAGGAGAUAGCUUCAACAUUUUCUCUGUUCCUGAUGUCUUCAGCAGAAUUAAGGUUCGACCACAAUUCUAGAAAUGCAAAAAAAGGGUCGCAGGAUCUUUUGGGCGGCAAGGAUUUUGAACUUGAUGAAUGUGAGAGAGAUAAUUUACAUGAACCUUUACGUAUGUUAGAGUCAGAGCUCAAAGUUUUGAGCGCGGAGAGUGUUCAUGUUCUGAAAUUAUGCGGGGGAAGCCAAUUGAUCGAGGAGUUCUAUUCUCAAACAUAUUGUGAUGAUGUUGCAAAGCUAGACCACCACCUCAAAGGCUACAAUCCCUCUGCAUAUAAUUACAAAGAUAGACAAUUGCACAUGCUUCAAAACAUUGUAGGCGAUGGUUCGCAGAGAACACCAGUAAAUACGAAUUCCGGAGGAUUUAUGGAAUUUGAUUAUUACAAAGUCAUAGAUCCUGGACAAACUAAGAAGGCUUGUUCUGAACUGGAUUCCGAAUGGAUUGGAGUUCAGAAGGCUGAACCAUGGUGGCGCACAGCUGAUAAGGAAUUAGCUGCCUCAGGUUCUCCCAAUUCAUCUGGAUGUAUUGCGUAUAAUGAUCAUUCAUGGCGUCAGUGUUUGGGAAGUGAGUCAUAUAAUUGUUCAAACCAGGUUAGUAUGGCAGAAAAGGAGUCUGUGGUUACUCCCAACUAUUGUCCAGGACAACAUCCUUCACAAAGCCAACAGAAGAUAUUGUGUGUUGGCAAAGGGUGCUUAACACGUCGUUCAGGACAGCCAGUAAGUGGUGAUGACAAUUUAAGUAUUGCCAAUGUCCUCUCAGCAGAAACUCAACCAGGAUCAAGUGAUCUCAGUAAAACACAGCUGUUAGAAGCACUAUGCCAUUCUCAAACCCGUGCAAGAGAAGCCGAACAAUUGGCACAGCAAGCCUACAACGAGAAGGAGCAUGUGAUCAAACUGUUCUUCAGACAGGCUUCUCACCUCUUUGCUUACCGGCAAUGGCUUCAAAUUUUGCAGCUUGAAGCACUGGUCCUCCAGCUCAGGAAAAAAGAUGAACAAGAUUCCAUCAAUUAUUCGACUUUCUUCCCCGUUAUCCCAAGCAAAGGCAGGAAACUGAAGAAGCUUAGAUAUAAUAAGCCUAUUAAGAGGAAGAGUAUAGGAAAGGGAAAAUGCAAGAUAAACAAGUCUGCUGUAGCUUUUGCCUUGGGUUUGGGUCUUGCUGGUGUUGGUUUACUACUUGGUUGGACCAUGGGAUGGCUAUUUCCUGCUCUCUGAUUCAUCUCGGGUUCGCUAAAUUCGGUAUGUAUGUAGGAUUGCACAUUAUGUAAAUAUACGACUACUACACCUCAAUUCCAAAGGCAUUGUGUAAAUAUAGUUGGUCCAAGGUCUUGUAAUGUAUGUUGUGUGUGUUAUCUUAUCAAAAUGCUUUGGACACUAUUUCAGUGCAGAUGAUUAAGAAAUUUGUGAAAUCUUCAUAUGUA